UAUCUGAUCGGACGGUCGGGACGCCUUCGUGUGACGUGUUAGCGAGCUAAAAAAGGAACAGGGUGUGGAAGUAGAGUCGACGGAGAAGCCAUGGCGGAGGGCGGGUUUGGCGAAUCGAUCCACCAGGACACGAGAUCGCGGGGCGGAUUUAAUCCCACACUGACGGUGCUACUGGUGGUAGUCGGCGUGGUGCUGCUGUUCGUGAUUGGAAACUACGCGCUCUACAUUUAUGCACAGAAGACGCUCCCCGGGCGGAAGAAGAAGCCCGUGUCCAAGAAAAAAAUGAAGAGGGAGAGGCUCAAGCAGGGCAUGGCGCCAGUGGGUGAUUAAGCUUACUCAUGUUCUUUCUUCUCAAUUGAAAUUCAAACUCUCCUGUACGGUAGAACUUCCGUGCAAGACACUAGAACCCCGUA